AUGAUUUGCAAGGAGUGCGACAGAGAAGACGAGUUUGAUGAAGAUGAAGAUGGCUUUUUCUACUGCGUAUGCGGUACUCGAGCCCCCGGUAUAAUCGCAACCGCAGUCGCCGACGAAGAUUUCAUUGGAGACGACGGAGGCACUCGCGGCGCAUUGUAUAAUCCAAUCAACACUCGUCGUCGACCAUCGCAACCAACCACUCCUGCACAUCCUCGUUACGAUGAAGAAACUAUGCGUUACUCUCAAUUUCGAUCUCAGCUUCAAUCCGCAACAACUACCCAGAUCCCACAAUCCGCGACUAACCAGAAUAGGGAAGUGAAGAGAGAGCCUGAGAAUCUCGACAAUGAGCCGAUCGAGCCUGCUGAUUUCGGAGCUACCAGUUUGGAGUUUAAGGAUUAUUACGGAGAGACGAGAGAUCGAUACGUUAAUGGGUUUCUGAUGAUGAUUACGUAUCAAUGCGAUGCUUUGGUUGAGAAAUUCAAUGUCACUCCUUUGAUUAUUGGUUUAGUCGCACCCAUCUGCUUACGCUACGUUGCUCUUUCCGGUGUUUUCGAUGAGGGUUGGGCUGAUAAAGCCAUUGAUGAUUCCGAGCUUCAAUUUGAAGGAGAAGAACAAAGAGAGGCUAAGCGUAACAGGCACGGAGGCGAAAUUAAAAACAUAGGUGGUAAAAGAGCGAUAAUGAUAUGGAUUAGUGAGCUUAGAAAGUGUAUGCCUUUAUCAAGCACUUUGGCGAUAUCUUUCCUCGCUUGUCUCAAAGCAGGAGCGCCUGUUCUGCCUACGGAUAUAGUGAGAUGGGCACGAGAAGGGAAGAUUCCGUAUCUAUCGAGUUUUCUCAAGAUAAAAGAGCAAAUGGGAGAGAGAUCAGCUGCUUGUCCUGUGCCUGUAAGCGUAAUGUUUAGGCCUCAUAAGAUUGUUUCUGCUCAGAUGUUAGAAGUACGAGCUGCUUUGAUUGCUGAUAUUAUUGGUUUGCCUUUGCCUCCUGUGAAUUUCUAUGGCAUAGCUUCAAACUAUCUAAACCGGUUAUGUAUUCCAGAGGACAAGGUUCUUGAUCUUGUGCGUCUCAUACAGAACUGGUCAAUGCCUCCGGAUUUAUAUCUAUCGAAGAACAAGCUUAAGCUUCCUACCCGCGUGUGUGUCAUGUCUAUUAUUAUUGUGGCUAUACGGAUGCUUUAUAAUAUUAAUGGUUUCGGUGUUUGGGAACGGAGUUUGGGAUCAGAUGGUGCUAGUGAGGCUACUAGUGAGGCGGAUGCGGAUGUCGAUUCUGAGGAGCCUGAUUCUCCAAUUGAUGAUAUGGAGAUUUCAGAGACAAAAUCAGCUGCGGCAGAGUCAUCAGAAUUCACGAAGGCAGCCGAGUUAGACACCGAGGAGCUUCUGACGAAACUUGAAGCGAGAUAUCAUGAGGUCGUGGCUGAAACUCUUGAAUACGAAAAGGAUCUUAUGUCCUACUUAUCGCAUGGGAAAAAAGAGAUCUUUGCUGGUUUAGAAGAAGAAUCAGCUGAUGACAGAUACAGAACUAUUGAUAAGCUGUGGAAUGGUUACCCAGAAAAUGAGGAAUCCCAACGGCUUGGGACUCCAUCAAAGAGACUAAGAGACUGGGACGAUGAUCUAUUACUUAACCAACUUUCAUUGGAUGGUACCAGCUCCAGGUAUAGUGAUGGAAACAAUCCUUGUAGAAGUCCUUCAAUGAGAACCGAAAGCGGAUCAAUGGAUCAUGAUCAGUGUUCUUCAGAACACCACAUUUCAUCACCAGAGACUCAUAAUGAAGAAGAGAAAUCAAAGGAGGGAAUGAUAAGAAGAUUAAAAACAGAUAUGGGAGAGAACUUGUUCCGUUACAUACCACCUCGUGUUAGGGUGAAGAGACUAGACUAUCUUCAAUAUGUGAGGAAGAGAGAAGAUGGGGUAUUGAUAUAUCCGGCUCACGCAGAUUACUACAUUCUUUUGCGGGUUUGCGCUAAAGUCGCUGAGAUUGAUGCUAGAAAUAUGCAUAGAGGUGUAUUGAGCUUUGAGAGAAGAUUGGCUUGGAUUGAGAAAAGGAUAGAUCAGGUUCUGCAUAUAACUCCACCUUUUAUGACUUGUGAGCACUGUUGCAACGAUUCAAAAGUUGUUGAAGCAGAGGAUCGAGAUGACAAUUCCAGUGACAACAAAACAGAUUCAAGAACCUAA